AUGCAAAUCAAGGACGAUGAAGCCUUAACCUUCCCCAGAAAGCUGAAGGGAGAUUCCAAUAAAUGGCCUAGAGAUAGGUACUACCGUUUCCACCGUAAUCACGGUCAUGACACGGCCGACUGUUAUGACUUAAAGCAACAAAUCGAAGCCCUUAUCAAGCAAGGAAAGUUACAAAAGUUCGUCAGUAGGGAGAGAACAGAUCCGCCUCCUCAAGAGCAAGCCCUCCGACGGGACAACGAGUGUCCCAAACCACCUUUGGGAGAUAUAAGGAUGAUUGUGGGAGGCACGACAACCACCAGCUCGUCCAAGAAAGCCCAAAAGACUUACCUCAGAAUGGUUCAGAAUGUUCAGAUGACAGGCGUCAUCCUAAAGAUGCCAUGGGUCGAUAAUCCAAUUAUUGGUUUCUCGGAAGAAGAUGCCCGACGUCUUCACCACCUAUAUGACGACGCGCUCGUCGUUAGCAUCCGAGUAGGAGAUUAUAACAGAUACCGGGUCUUGGUCGACAAUGGUAGUUCUGCAGAUAUUCUCUACUACCCAGUGUUCCAACAAAUAUGGAUCGACAGAAAACGCCUAGUUCCAACCAACGCUCCACUCGUUGCGUUUGAAGGAACAAAGGUAUACCCCCUUGGCGCGGUCACAUUGCUUGUAACAAUUGGGGACUAUUCUCAGUAA